AAAAAUUUGUUUCUGCCCGGGAUCGAACCGGGGACCUUGUGCGUGUGAAGCACACGUGAUAACCACUACACUACAGAAACACUAUCCAAUAUUACUUUUAUUAUGAUAUAAUGGUUGACUUUUUUCUUUUUAAAUUUAAAAUUAGGUGUUCAUGUUAUUGAUAUUUAAUAUGGAUUGCAGAAGUUCAAUUGACUUAAUAAAGGAAUUAAAUAUUAAUACCCUUAAAAUAUUUAACGAAAAGAAGAUAAAGGAAAUAUAUGAUGAAAUGAGACAUCUAUUCCAAUUAAAUGAAAUCGAGGCAUCUCGUUCUCUAAAUGAAGAUAUAUCAAGCAAUUUUUCAACUUUGUUGGUUAGACAUGCAUGUUUAGAACGUCACAGAAGAUGCAUUUUCAAUUAUAUAUUUCAUAGACUUAUGUUUAUUAAAGAACGAAGAUGGGAUCAUGGCAUAAUAUUACCCACUGAAAUAAAGAAAAAUAUAAAUAAAGCUGAAGUUAAUUUGAAAAAAAAUAUAUUUUACCAUAUUCUACUAAAGAACAAAUGGUUUAUCAAAUAUACUAAUUCUAUAAAUAAGUAUCUUGUUAAUGCAGGACUUUCUGAAUUAGGGUUCAAUAUGAUAUAUUCUAAAAAGCCCCCUAAAUCAACUUAUAUUCAAGUUAGAUGUUUAAAAGAUUAUAUAGAUUAUGGGAGUGAAAAUGGGGAAAUGAUUAAUUUUAAGGAAAAUUCACAACAUUUUUUGUCAAGAUCUCAAUGUGAACCCCUGAUUCAAAAAGGCAUUCUAAAACAUAUUAUUUAAACACUUUAAAGCAUAUUACUUUAAAUUUUGAUUUCUAUUGUUGCCUCAAAAAUUAUAUAUUUAAUGUUUAUAUAUAUCAGCUAAUUUAUUUGCAUUUUUAAUUUUAUGCAAAAAAAUAUUUAUACCAACUGAAUGAUAAACACCAAUAUUUGAAAUAAAAUUUUC